CACGAAGAAACCACGCGUGUUGUCAGGAUCAGGGUCCGCUGAAGUCCAGGGUUAAAUCCAGUCCUCGGUCUAUUUAAAUCCGGAGUGAUGGGGGACCGGAGUCGGCUGUGCUCCGUGUGGCUGGGUUCGGAGACCGGCAUCCUGAAAGGGGUCAGCGUGUCGCGGAAACAGGCCUUUAACUUCUGCAACACGAGCCACCUGAGCCGCGACCAGGAGGUCCGCGCGCUGUGCUGGGCGGACCCGGCGGAGAGCGAGCUGCUGGUCGGCUCGGUGGACGGAACCGUGAAGACCUUCAGCACCGAGAAGGGGGCCUUUACCGAGACCCGGCGCUGCGGAGACCCGGCGGACGGCUGCUUCACCGGGCUAGCCACGCUCAACAGCUCCGCGCUGCUCACCUGCGGGGAGUGCGGCACCGUUCGGGUCUGGAGGGAGGACAGCAGCGAACCGGCCACCGAGCUGGACGCGGGGAAGAACGUGUGCAGGAUGCGACAGAGUCCGGUUCACCAGCACAAAAUCGCUACCGGCGGUAAGGAGAAUGGGCUGAAGAUCUGGGACCUGGAGAAACCCGAGAAGCCCGUGUUCACAGCAAAAAACCUGCGGGACGACUGGCUGGACCUACGGCGGCCGCACUGGGUCAGAGACAUGGCCUUCAUCCCGGACUCCGACAAAGUGGUCACCUGCACAGGUUACCACCAGGUCCACGUGUUCGACCCGUCCUCCCCUCAGCGCCGUCCCGUCCUGGAGGCCGAGUACGGCGAGUACCCGCUCACUGCUCUGUCCCUGCUCGCCGACGGUAACACUGUGGUGGUGGGAAACACCCACGGCCAGAUCGCAAUGCUGGACCUGAGGAAAGGUCUGGUCCGCGGCUGUCUGAAGGGGUUGGCGGGGGGUGUGCGGUGGCUGCAGUGUCACCCCUCCCAGCCGGUGGUGGCGUCCUGCGGCCUGGACCGCUUCCUCCGCAUCCACAGCCUGGAGGACCGCAAGCUGCUGCACAAAGUCUACCUCAAGUCCAGACUCAACUGCCUGCUGCUGGCCAGUCGGGACCUGGUGGACGGAGGGGGGGCGACGGAGGGGGAGGGAGCAACCCAAGAGGUGAAGGAGGAGGAGGACGAGGUGUGGGACGCCAUGGAGCAGGUGGGAGAGGUGGGGGAGACGCCGAAGAGGAAAACAGCACAGGAGGAGGAAGAACCACAGAAGAGCAAAAAGAAGAGAAAGAAAGGGCGAGACUGAGGGGCGUUUGAGGAGCAAUCAGAGCGUGGGACAUUUGAACACCGUCAGUCACAUCAUCAGACACACACAUGGAAAAGAAAAGCUUUGACAGACACAGAUUGACUUGGAUUUAUUGGUCUCAUGGUCUGAGACUGACCUCUGAUGUCUCCACAGUUAUCUUCACACAAUUUGUAAUAUUCUGUCCGAACCCUGAGAGCUUGAUUGAACCAGAUAAGUGCCUCCUGUUGUCUUAUGACAGGUUAUGUCCAGUUGUGUUUGGCGGCUCAGACCACAAAGACUCACGAAGAGCAAAUUUUGUGUUGUGUUUUUAAAAAAAAAAAAAAAACUUCCAGUUGAGUUUUACUGCUUUCACUUUGGUAGAUUUGUACAUUUCAAUGUUACAUACACACCAAAAUACAACUGUUAAAUUCUGUCCUGGCUUCUAAGGCAGAUUCUCACUAAUAAUGUAAUAAUCAACUGUUUGUAAACUGUAAAAAUCUUAUUUUCAGUUCUGUUAAUAAAUAUCCUACCAGAGUCA